AUGGAGUCAAUUUUGGAAGCCUGCCUCGCCCUGAGCAAGAACUCUCGAGCUCAAGCAAGCAACUUGCUCAUUGUUGUAGAUGGCGUUGCCACGAUCCAUGAGCCGAAAGAGUUCUUCAAGGCUGGAACAUACUUCAUCAACGGAGAUGAAAUAUAUUCCGAGCGCUCUUCGGGACUGCAUUAUGGAAACCUCAAGGGUGGGUACAAGUAUGAAUUCAAGUACGUGCCGCAGUAUGAUGUAAAUACUGGUGCUGAGACGGCGGAUGGGCUGCGACCCGCGAAAGGUGUUUUCCCGUUCUAG